UGAUGUUGCGGAACAGUAAGGGUGACCUGGCCACAUCAUGGGAUGCGUCGCAUAGUUUGACCACCAAUCGUCACACUGAGAUAGUAGCAUCGUUUGAGCGCAGUAUGAAUAAAAUUGAUCACCUUUUCAAGACCCCUUUCUACACAAAUAUUAGGGGAUUUGUGUCAAUCAAAUGCCUGAAACUCAUUGAUGCUGAACUGACAAGAAUGCGAGUCUGCGGCGGCAGAUGGGAUUGCUUAUUGAGAGAGACUCAUGGACUACCUUGCGGUUGUCAACUUGCAGAUUAUGAGAGGAUUCCGUACGAGGCCAUUCAUCCAUUCUGGAAGAGCCUAAGUUGGGAGCAUGUACCUGUUGUAGAUACUGGCAGCUCAGAUAUUUGCGGACUAAACCAUGGAGAGAUGCACCCAGAAGUUGAGGCACUGACACGUUAUUUCCAUUCUUUGGAUACUGGAGGGCAGAGUAUGGUAAGGAGGAAGCUUCAGGCGAUAUAUUGUCCUGAAAGGAGUACACUAUGUACUCCUGAGCUUCGGAUAAAGUCCAACCGCACUCCUAAGUUGAAGGAGAGCAAACAACCCAAGGGUCGAGCAAUAGGAUCCUUGACUCGUGAUCCUUCAGCGUUUGAACUUACUGACAAGAAGAUUAAAGAGGAAAAGAAGUCUUCACAACCAGCAAAGAGGAAGAAGCGUGUGAAGAAGUCUGAUACAAGCCAUUUCAUGUGUAACUUUCCAGCCUUUCUCCAUCCAUAUAUUGACACAAUUACAGAUGUUGAGGAUGAUGGUAACUGUGGCUAUAGAUCCAUUGCUGAAUUACUGGGGCAUUCCGCCGGUCAGGACGGUUGGCCUUGUGUUAGGGCUUCAUUGAUACAAGAACUUGAGACCAAUGUGUUAAUGUAUAAUAGGAUGUGGGGCACAGAUGUUGUUUAUGGCUUACAUGAUCGUCUCACUCUUCCUAUUGGUGACCCGGCCACCCCUGACAAAUGGUUUCAACUGCUAGAGAUGGGAUACCUUGUUGCCACAAAGUACCAAUUGGUUCUCGUAUCCUUAUCCUUUAUGGGUUGUAACACAUACUUUCCACUGAUAGGAGCCGGCCCACGAGAUGAGCAUACUGUUAUAGCUAUUGGACAUGUGAUAAAUCAUUGGGUACAGCUCCAAUUAACUCCUGGACAUCCUAUGCCGACUAUUGCUCCCCAGUGGGAUUGGCACGCUGAUCUUGCCUCCAAAUACUGGCGCAACCUAUAUGGUCCACGUUUAGGCAUGUAUGAUGCACAAUUCCAAGCUUGGCUUGGUGCUUUUAGUGGUCAUGCGGACUAUGUGGACAUCACCACAGAUUGAAUGUUCUUGUAUUGUGUAAUAUUAAUUUGUAAACUCUCUGUAAUUUGGUAGAAUGUAGCCCUUAUCACAGGUUGUUGUUAAUGAUGAAAAUCUAGACAUCAUCGUAGAUUGACAGGUUCAUGCGUGUACUUUUGGUAAUGUUAAUUUGAUGUACUUUUGGUAAUGUUAAUUUGAUGUACUCUUGUCAUUUUCAUUUUCAUUACCCUCCACCACCAACCCUUACAUUACUCUCAACCACCAGCCUCAAUCACUCUUCUACCAUCCACCAGUACACCUUAAAUGUUUUGACCGCACUCCUGAGCUAUAAAUAUAUGUUGUGUCUUGCCUCUUCUUCUUACUCUUCAUUCCUCAUCUUCCUGUCUAUUGUGUCUUGCCUCUUCUUCUUACUCCUCAUUCUACACAAUGGAACAAGACCCAAAUCCAUUCCUCCGCCAUUGCAAAGGUCAAAGCAACAACUCUGGCAGCUCUCGUCCUCUCAUUCCUGGCCCGGCUGGCGCCAUCCAGGCUGCCAUGUAUGCCCGUAGAUCCACCCCUAACACACCACUCAUUCUGACCCAGGAAAUCGUGAGGCGUGUGCUAGAUCAUGGAUCAACCGAAACCGAUCAUGAUUUCAACUCACAUGCUUGGCUAUCAGCCCUGCAAGAGUGGGGAAUAGCCACUCCGCUGGGCUCUCUGACAGCGAACGUUGAGAGGGUGGAGAAUGUUGUUGCUGUUAUCAAAUCUUGCACUCCCAAUGGGUUUGGAGAUGCGAAAGUUACCC